UAGUUCUGAGUCUGGAUGGGGACACAGGGACUGCACCGCCUGGGUGGGAGGCCCCAGGGGAGGGGCUGCCUCUUGCUGGCUGUGGCCGGAGCUACUUCCCUGGUGACCCUGUUGUUGGCAGUGCCUAUCACUGUCCUGGCUGUGCUGGCCUUGGUGCCCCAGGACCAGGGACGUUGGGUUGAGAAGAUCAUUGGCUCGGGAGCACAGGCUCAGAAAAGACUGGAUGACAACAAACCAUCUUGCAUCUUGCCCUCACCCUCCAGCCUCUCAGAGACUCCUGACCCCCGUCGGCACCCUCAGAGAUCCUAUUCUUCCAGGAAUCUAGGCUCCGCAUCCCAGGGCCCUGUUGCACAGGCCUCUCAGGAGGCAUCUGCGUGGGUGACCACCCUGUCUCCAGUAGAUUCUACACGAGACCCAGGGGUUCAACAGCUGCCAAAGCAGGAACCAGAAACUGACCUCAGCCCCGAGCUUCCUGCUGCCCACCUCAUAGGCGCUUGGAUGAGCGGGCAAGGACUCAGCUGGGAGGCGAGCCAAGAAGAAGCGUUUCUGAGGAGCGGCGCGCAGUUCUCCCGCACCCACGGGCUGGCGCUGCCGCAGGAUGGAGUCUAUUACCUCUACUGCCACGUCGGGUACCGGGGCAGGGCGCCCCCUGCAGGCCGAAGCCGCGCUCGCUCGCUCACGCUGCGCAGCGCCCUGUACCGUGCGGGGGGCGCCUACGGGCGGGGCUCUCCCGAGCUGCUGCUGGAGGGCGCGGAGACAGUGACCCCUAUUGUGGAUCCCAUCGGGUACGGGUCUUUAUGGUACACGAGCGUGGGGUUCGGCGGCCUGGCGCAGCUCCGGAGCGGCGAGAGGGUCUACGUCAACAUCAGUCACCCCGACAUGGUGGACUACAGGAGAGGGAAGACCUUCUUCGGGGCGGUGAUGGUGGGGUGACAGCCAUCUGUAUUUCUUGAAGGAUCCACUGACGGUGCGAAUGUGUGAAUCGUGAUCUUCGGAGAGUCGGGAAGCCUGGAACCCCACGGUCCUGGGCGGCGGGGGGCGUGGUGCGGGAGGGGGGGGGGUUGUAGGACAUGAAUUUUGAAAAUAAAGAAUGUAAACUAU